AGUUUUCAUACAAUUUUAUCACCAUUUGUCAAAAAUUUCAUUAAAAAGACUAAAAGACUGAAAAAUGGCACAGAACUCUACUUUAAUAACGUUAUCCCAAAUGGUGGACCUUUCGAUUAACGAGUCUGUAAUUAAUUUUCAAAUUCUACAAGUCUUGCUGCACGUGAUAAUUCAGCAACUGACACUAAAUGACCUGGCUGUAGAAUUUAGAGGUCCUGAUAGCGAUCGCGUCCAGGCAAUAAUAGCUACAAACAAAACCACUACUAAAGUGUACCCAGAGUACACGGUUAUCGGUGGCAAAGACAGGAAAAAAUCUACUGGUAAUAAGAAAAAAAUCAGCUUACAAGACAUUACAAAAGUAAAGCAAAGUGAAGAAAAGAAAGAAAAGGAACUCCGGGUAAUCGAACGACGAAAAGAUUCCAGGGAAGAUCCCGAUCCGAACCCUCUACCCUUAAAGUCACCUCAAGGUAGCUUGGUCGGAGUUAACACGGUCGUCUUAAUCGAUUCUAAGUCCGCUCUACCUCAGUACACAGUUGCUUUGAGCAAAACUGCGUUCGACGGCGUGCUGAACGAGCUGGACAAUCUGAAAGAAGAAAUCAAGGAACUGAGAGAACUGCCCUCAAACUUUGGUUUAAUACAAUCCACGAGAGACUCAACGGGACCCAUCGUAGACAUGUACCAAAAUCUCAGAUUGGCCAAAAGGAUGGAUGCCACCGAAAUAACAAUACAGAAACUAGGCUCUUUGGUGGAGGAUUUAGCUAGAAGCGAAUUAGGUGCUGAUGUCCAACAAAGAGUCCAAGAGGUUAAAAUGUCAAUCGAUCAGUCUAGUUUUGCUAGUGAUAGAAAGGGAAGUGUGUUCGGAAACCUAGAAACCCGCGUCGCACACUUAGAAACUUCUGUUAAAGAGCUUAAGAAAACAGGUGUCGUUGCAGCACCGGUGGACCACACUCGAGCAGAAACCGCUAGUGUUGCUAAAGGCGAAACGGCUAGUGUUGCUAAAGGCGAAACGGCUAGUGUUGCUAGAGGCGAAACGGCUAGUGUUGUUAAAAGCGAAACGGCUAGUAUUGCUAAAAGCGAAACGGCUAGCGUUGCUAGAAGUGAAGUAAAGAGCGAAGGGAGAGGUACAGUACAAGGUAGCGUAGCUCCAGAAACACCGAGUAGAAAGAGUACUGCGAAAAGUGACGUGAUCAAAGUGCUUAGCCCUCAAGAACCAUUUACUAGUGUCGUCGAAAAUGUCGAACUAAGCGAAUUGACACCGACAGAUGCUGUAGCGAUGAUACAGGAAGAGUUUCAUAAUCUGUCUAAAUGGAUGAUCAGUAGUAUUAAAGAGAUAGAGCAAAGUAAAGUAACUGGAGAAGCGGAAGGAGAUGAAGUAAGUACAGCUGUCGUCGAGAAGAAAUUCAAACAAUACGCCCAGGAGUUGGCAGACAUGAAUGAUUUAUAUAACAAUCAAAUAAAAUUACUAAACGAGCAAUUCGCCAGUGUGCAAGACGAUAUAAAUGACGUCUACACGAAACUCGAAGUGGUACUUCCGGGAGGAGAUUCCACCGGUGUGGGUGCCGAAACAACCGCGGAUUUAGCCAGCAAACUUGUUCUUCUUGAGAAAGAAAUCAUCACGAUUUCCGAGCAAGCGCAAAAUUUAGUGGAAGGAAGAGAUGAGCGCGACAAACAAACACAAGCCAUUAUGGAACAGCUUGACGUGCUGAAGAUCGUUAAAGCGAAUCGUGAAGAUCUAGAAGAUGCACUGGGAGAAAAAGCUGAUGCUUGUAUGAUCAAUAGGAAAGUGUCUCAUGAUCAGUUCGAUGCUGCAUGCGACGAUUUGUCGAAAGGCAUAGAAGAGGCUUUGAACAAACUGGAAGAACAAGCAGAAAUGUGGCAACAAGCUCUCGAUUCCAUUCAGAAGGAAGUCGGCAAUAAACUUGACAAGAUGGAAGUGGAUCCAUUGCGAGAUUUCGUUAAUAGUAAACUUAAAGCUCUGCAGGAGAAGUUCAAGUCUUUGACCGCUCUCAAGAGAGAGCAAGAAGCCGCAGGCACCAAGACCAAACUUCUGAGGAAUGUUAACUGUAUAUCUUGCGAUAAAGAUGUAGUAAUGAGGAGAGAAAUGGAUCAGUCGUUGAAGCCGAAGGCUUAUGCUAUGCCACCUAGCAGAAAUAUGGCUCCUUAUCUUGCAUAUGAGUUGGAUCAACUGAGGAAACAACAGAAAUGUGUGCCCGGUAGCAAAAAUUUGAACUUCAUAGAAACAGCACUAAAAACGCGAGGACAAAAAGAAAAAGAUCACAUCUGUAACCGAUAUUGUGGCGGCAGUCACACUGUGACAACCCCGCAGCAGAGAGUUACAAGAUUGGGACACUUCCUAGAACAGUGGGGACCCGAAAUAUCUCCCUUGCAAGAUGAAUACAUUAAAGGAAUUGAUAAUCACAUGUAUAAAUCUAGAGAUGAGAACCUCUAUAAGAAGACGAAUAAGCGAGAGGGCCAACAAGGCCGAAUCAGCAAAGGUGCAGCUCAGCCUGAAUCGGACAAACCACAGCAAGAUCGUUCUACUCUUAUUAAUGCUGAAGCACAAGGUGCUAUCGCAAGUGAAGAAGAAUCCAAAGCCAUGGGACCUGACAAACAAGUUAACAACAUCGGUGCUGUGCCGGUAGACCCUCAGCAAAUCCAAUUGAGAGCUUCCCAGACACAAUAGGCAAAAGGCCAUUAGUAAAACUGGCACAGAUUAACGUUGAGCUUGGAAGACGAAUGUACUUCACGAUCUAUCAAGCUAAUUUGUCAAAAUUCAUGAAUUAUCUAGAAGACUGUGUAAAUUUUAGUGGAAUAAAAGUCAAAUUUGUAUCGUAAA